AUGACUCGGGAGACGGAUCACAAAGCAAAGACGUCAAAGAAAGACUUCAAAAGGGGGAGAAGUCUUUCACCACCAACGGGGCGUCUAGCGAGCCCGAGCGUUAUCAGCGUGACGGAUCCGUUCAGAAAACCUGGAGGAAUUAGCUGGUUCGUUGCUGCACUUUUCCUGGUAGAUGACUUGGGCGGCGGUGGCCUUGUAACACUUCCAACGGCUAUGGUUCGUACAGAUUUCUACAUUGGUUUCGUGAUAUUCUUACUGCUGAUGGGUGUCACGAUGUACUCAGCGUAUGCACUGGGACAGUGUUGGAAUAUUUUGCUGAACACAUGGUCGAUGUAUAGGGUGCAUUGCCGGAAACCGUAUGCGUCCAUUGGCUACCGAGCAAUGGGCCCCAGAGUCAGAAAAAUUGUCUCUUUAAAUAAUGAUUUCACACAGUUUGGAGUAACGGUCAUAUAUCUUCUUCUAGCGGCAAAAAAUAUCCACGAUAUGGUCAAGACAUUUACCGACACGGAGUUCAGCUACUGCUUUGUAAUUUUGAUACUCGCAGCGUGUCUUCUCCCAGUCACUUAUCUGAAGUCUCCGGAAGACUUCUGGAUUGCAGUAAUGAUUGCAAUGUUCACAACAGCAGCAGCCGUCACCCUUGUCAUUCUAGGAAUCUCUCUGGACUACGGGUUAUGUUCAGGUUAUACAGGUGUUCCACCACUCAGGGUGAAGAACUUCUUCGUGUGUUUGGGUACAGUGAUAUUCGCUUGUGGAGGUCAUGCCGCAUUUCCUACAAUCCAACACGACAUGAAGAAUCCGGGAGAUUACAGCAAAUCAGUCUUCACUGCCUUUACUUUGCUCUUAUUAUUGUAUAGCCCUAUAACCAUAUUGGGCUACCUGACUUACCAUGACUCCAUCAGAGACUCCAUACUCCCGUCGAUUCAGACCGAAUGGAUGCGACAAGCGUCCAAUGUCUUGAUUACUAUUCACUGCAUUCUGACAAUAACCAUCGUUAUCAAUCCACUGAAUCAGGAUCUCGAGGACCUCUUCCAUUGCCCACAUCAUUUCGGUUGGCAGCGAGUGCUGCUUCGAACAGGGACCAUGCUAGCGAUAGUAUUUGUCGGAGAGAGUAUUCCUAGUUUCGGCCCGAUAUUGGAUCUUAUUGUGCUUGGCAUUAUCGGAGGUGCAGCCGCCACCUUUUCUGCAGUGAUUGAACUAUCAACCACUCGCUUUUCGUUACCCUGCUACGUCAAUCUAUUCAUUGAUGAGGUAACCCAUUUUGCAGUCUUAAAAUGUAGUAGCAUGAUAUUUGACGGCUAA